AUGUUGUUGUUUUUGUCGCAGGAGCCGGAGGCGAGGCCGGGGCCGCAGCCGCCUGUGGCCGCCGCAGCAGCAGCAGCGGGGCUGGGGCCGCCGGCAGGCAUGUCGGUGUGCAGGGAGGCGGUGGGCGCCGGCUCCCUGCCCAGCGAGCUGGUGGUGCACAUCUUCUCGUUCCUGGCGGGCCCCGACCGGCUGCGGGCCUCGGCCGCCUGCUCGCACUGGCGGGAGUGCCUCUUCUACCCGGCGCUCUGGCCGCGCCUCCGCCUCAGCCUCCGCGUCUCGCCGGCCGAGCGCCCUCGCCUCGAGUUCCUGAUGCGCAAGUGCGGCUGGUUCGUUCGCGAGCUCCGCGUGCAGUUCGCCGCCGAUAACUACCCCAGCGGCGGCGGCGCCGCGGCGGCGGCGGCGGGCGAGGGUGCGGCGGCGGCGGGCGGCGGGGAGGCGCCCCCGCUCUGCCCGCGCUGGCUCGACCUGCUGAGGACCUACCUGGAGCUGCUGCUCUGCGUCCUCACCAGUGUCCGCAACAACAGGAACCUCCAGAAGUUAAGUCUCUUUGGGGAUAUAAGCAUUCUGCAGCAAAAUGGAAGUGUAUCGAACACAUACCUCGGCAAGGUUGACCCUGAUGGCAAGAAGAUUAAGCAAAUCCAACAGCUGUUUGAAGAGAUAUUAGGCAAUAGCAGGCAAUUGAAAUGGCUGUCUUGUGGGUUUAUGCUGCAAAUAGUAACUCCCACAUCAUUGUCCUCCUUAUCAAACCCCAUAGCCAACACCAUGGAACAUCUGAGCUUAUUGGACAACCACAUCCCUGGUAAUACCACUCUUAUCACUGCGGUUGAAUUGGAGCGCUUUGUGAAUCUGCGUUCGCUUGCUUUGGAUUUCUGUGAUUUUACAGCUGAAAUGGCAAGAGUCCUGGCUGACAGCAACCAUGUGCCUUUGCAUCGACUGUCUCUCCUGGUCCACAGUGUUUCCAUAAUGCACAAGUCAUUGGACAGUAUGCCAGAAGAUGAGAAUUGGAAGGCGCUGACUCGCAACAGCACUAAUCUUCGGGUCUACAUAAUGGCUUUUGAUGUCAAGAGCGAUGAUAUGCUAAGGAUUCUUAAGCCCAGUAUUCCCCUAGAGAGGAUUCACUUUGACAGCUACAUCACUUGUGUUUCAGGGGCUGUUGUUGACCUCAUAUCCAGGCAGUAUGACAAGUUCCUCACUCAUUUUAUACUGAUGAAUGAUGUGAUAGAUAUGUCUGGCUUCCCAGAUCUUAGUGACAACCGGAAUGAAGAUCCACUUGUCUUAUUAGCCUGGAGGUGCACAAGAUUGUCUCUCCUAGCUGUUCAUGGUUACACAGUUUGGGCUCAUAAUCUUAUUGCAAUCGCUCGUCUUCGUGGCUCUGACCUGAAAGUUCUUGAAGUCACAGAAGAAAGCAUUGAUUUCGACCAAGGAGAACUGGCUGAUCAGGAUGUGGACCCGGUACACAAUCUCAUUGAGCAAGUAUCUCUUGGAUUGGGUCGACCUUGGCACGCAGUCAUGGACAUAGAGCUGCUCAGUGUCUUCACUGAGCCAACCCGUCACUUUUACAGAGAGAUGCAAAGCUUCAGUGAAGGCAUUUAGCUCCUUACUUACAAUUCCUGUGGUUACAUAUGCAAGUAGGGUCCUAUUAUGUUUUUGGUUUUUUUUGUUUGUUUUUUUUUUUCAGUAGCGUGAAUUAACCCUUUUUGUGCUGUGUUUAAUCAGUGUUAGCUAUAUAGGAUUAUAUAUGUGUAUUCUACUUCUUGAUCAAAGAACGUAGUCGGGUAUUGGUUUAGAAGCUGAAAGUGGCAUUGUUUAGGGUUUUCACGGUUAAUGGACUUGUCUACCAAACCUUGCAGAGAUACAGCCCGAAGGCUGUCUGAGGUUGCCGGCUAACUUUACUUUUAUUGAGUUAUAACUGCAUUUUGAACGAUUUUACUAUUAUAUCGGAGUUCUGUGCUCAGGAGCCAACUCUUUUUAAUACCCAUAUCCAUACCCUAGUGGGUUUCUGUGCUGUUAUUGUGUGCUUAAUCCGGUAGCAUGCUCCUUAACAGGCUUAAAGGAAGAGGAGUCUAUCCAGGGCUGUCCAUUGUAAGACUCUCACCUUGCUUUAUUUCACGUGCAGAUUCCGAAGCAUGGCUUAGGACCGUUCUCAGCUUUCCCUAGCUGAUAAGCGGCAGUGUGAAACAUUAGCUUUUCAGGUACCUGCACUUACAGAUUCACUCCAUAACCUGCAGUCUUUUUGAAUUUGUUGCAAAUUCCUCAUUUAUUCUCAUGUUCUAUCAUCUUCCUUAAAAGUUAGCUUUGGGCCAAAGUUUAAAAGAAAACAAGAAUGUGCACUCCGAUGGGGUAAAAAAUGUAAGCGAAGACUUUAAUACAAAGGUGUACACCUGCAAACAAACAUUAGUCGUGAAAUCCCUAGCAACUAAGUCACUGGAUUUUCUCUGUCAGCGCCUGUGUCAGCUGCCAAAGAAUAGAUUAAAAACGAAGAAGUGCCCACAUGCUGGCAGGGGCAGGCCAACUUUUGGCCAGCCAGAUACUGCUAGAUUGUAAUAUAUAAGGUCGAAUUUCGACCUGUGGUACACAGCUGUGCUGUGGCUCAGUCAGCAACCUCAGAACUCUUAACAAACAUGCACCUGUUUCACUGUGAAUAGUGAAUGUAAAGGAAGGAAAGGAAACAAAUACAAAGCUUGUUCUAUCACAGGUAUGAGCUGCUAUGAUGCAUGAAGAACAUUCCAUGAAGUAUGUUUUAAAAUCUUGUUAUAUCUGAGAGGCUUUAAAAGCCGAUUUAACUGUUUCAGGGCAACCGCGGUACAGACGUGGUCUCUGUGAGACUUCCACCUGACCCCAGUUUUAAGUGGUACGAAUGUUGUGCAUUUAAUGUUUAAAGGACAGUCUGCAAUAAUAAAGUAAGUGGCCAACGUGGGUGCCCAGCAGUGCUGAGACCUGGCUGCUAUAUUGUAAGCUUUGGAAAACACAAUUUAUGCAACAGAUGUCCAGAUAUGAUUCUAUUUAUGGAAAAAGUUUAUAUGUGUUUUACAAAUGGUUUUACCAUCU